AUUCAGGCCAUGAAUUAUAUUAUAUAUUGCCAAAAUCCAAAAUCUGGGGCAGCAAAUGUAGCAGGUUUGGAAUAGUGAAGACUGAAGAGUCGGAGAGGGUAGUUGAGAUAAUUAUUAGUGCCUCCGAUCCUCCGUUUUGAAACGAUGGAAUUUUUUGAGAAACCCGAAGCUCACUUUCUCAUUGGGGUUACGGUUGCGCUGAUCGCCGCCGGUGCCGCCGCCUAUUAUGUGUACUCUUCCAAGAAGCCUAAAGGAUGCUUGGAUCCCGAGAAAUUCAAGGAAUUCAAACUUGUGAAGCGGACACAGCUCAGCCAUAAUGUGGCAAAGUUUAAAUUUGAGCUUCCAACGCCCACUUCUGUUUUAGGGUUGCCCAUUGGACAACACAUGAGUUGCAGGGGUAAAGAUGGUCAAGGUGAAGAAGUUAUCAAGCCGUACACUCCAACCACUUUGGACUCUGAUGUUGGAUAUUUUGAAUUAGUUAUAAAGAUGUAUCCUCAAGGAAGGAUGUCUCAUCAUUUCCGAGAGAUGCGUGUGGGUGAUUAUUUGGCAGUGAAGGGCCCCAAGGGUCGUUUUAAGUACCAGCCUGGCCAAGUAAGAGCUUUUGGGAUGCUUGCUGGAGGCUCCGGCAUUACCCCAAUGUUUCAGGUUGCUAGAGCUAUUCUGGAAAAUCCAAAUGACCAUACUAAGGUGUACCUUAUCUAUGCCAAUGUAACAUAUGAAGAUAUUCUUUUAAAGGAAGAGUUGGAUGGACUUUCUGCCAAUUAUCCUGAUCGUUUUAAAGUUUACUAUGUGCUAAACCAGCCUCCUGAGGUAUGGAAUGGCGGUGUUGGUUUUGUAUCCCAGGAAAUGAUCCAGUCCCACUGCCCUGCACCAGCACCCGAUGUUCAGAUACUGAGGUGUGGACCACCACCAAUGAACAAAGCCAUGGCUGGUCACCUAGAAGCUCUUGGUUAUACACCAGAGAUGCAAUUCCAAUUCUAAAAUUUCUCGAGUGGACUUAAAGCUGUGUAGUUAAAGAUGAGCUCCUAUUGGAGAAUGUAAGAGGGAUCAUCAUUCACUGAAAUUUCAGGUGAAGCAGCAGUAAUACAUUGUUGCUUUCUCAUUUCAGAUAAAUGCUACUGUAGUAGCAUUGGUGUGCAAUAAUUUGGAUUUUUUUUAAGGGUUUUCCUUUAAUCUUUUCUGUUUAUUAGUGUGGUUGGCAAUUAGUAGGAUUUGGAUUUGGUCAUUUAAAUCAUGUGCUGUGUUCAACUUACAUCAAGGCUUUCAAAGUCCAAAAUGACUGUUUUUGUCA